AUGCUUAAGUCCCUUGCGUUACUCCGAAUUUCUUCCAGACGUUAUGCUACAUUGAGGGCUGGCCAGCCUCUUCAUGAGACCAGACCCCAUCUGAUCAAGGCUGGUGAUAUCACGCCAGGAAUCUCUGCCAAGGAGUAUUUCAAUAGGAGAUUGAGAGUUGCCGAGCACAUGGAACCACAGUCAAUUGCUGUUAUUGCUGGUCAGCCCACAAAAUUUGCCACAGAAUCCGUCUUUUAUUAUUUCCAGCAAAACAAUGAUCUUUUCUAUCUCACCGGAUGGAAUGAACCCAAUUCUGUUUGCAUAUUGGAAAAACCAUCAGCAGAUCCUUCGUCAUUGGUUUUCCACAUGAUUGUUCAGCCAAGUGAUCCUGCAAAAGAACUUUGGGAGGGCGAUAGGACAGGCGUUCAAGGAGCUAUGGACAUAUUUAAUGCAGAUAUCACAGAGUCUAUAGCCAAACUGAGCCCUCAUUUGGAGGGAUUGCUUAACCAUUACAAAACUGUCUACUAUGAUUUUGACGAGACCCAAAAAUCUUCAUCUUUUUCGAAAAUAAUCGGCAAGAAGGAUCAAGCUGGAAGAAAUGCACUAGGGAGCAUCCUAAGAGAGCGUAGAAUUAGUUUGUUGUCUCUAAAAUCUAUCACUGCUCCUAUGCGUGCCAUAAAAUCCAAUGCAGAGCUCAAAAUGAUGCGAUUAGCCGGUAAGAUCUCUGGAAGAGCUUACAAUCAAGCUUAUGCUCGUCACUUCAAGAGUGAAAAGGGCCUCCAAGCCUUCUUGGAGUACAGAUUUGUAUCUGGAGGCUGUGACAGAAACUCUUAUAUUCCGGUUGUUGCCGGAGGUGAAAACGCGCUAUGCAUUCAUUACACGAGAAAUGACAACCUACUAAAGGGGAACGAGUUUGUACUUGUUGAUGCUGCAGGAUCCCUAGGUGGCUAUUGCGCAGAUAUCUCGAGGACUUGGCCUGUUGAUGGUAAGUUUUCCCCAGAACAGGCUGAUUUAUACGAGGCACUUUUGAAUGUGCAAAGAAAAUGCAUUGCGGAAUGUACAGAAGAUGCCAACGUAUCUGUUAACGACCUACAUUACAAAAGUGUCACGUGGCUUACACAGGAGCUUCGGAACAUUGGCUUCAACGAAUUAACCGAGUGGGAAGUGAUGAAGUACUUGUAUCCCCAUUACCUUGGUCAUAAUUUGGGAUUGGAUGUUCACGAUGUUCCAACGUACUCCAGAACUGCCAAGUUCCGUAAGGGUCAGGUCAUCACCAUGGAACCAGGUGUGUAUGUGCCGAACGACACUAAAUGGCCAAAGGCUUUUCGUGGUAUGGGUAUUAGAAUUGAGGACGAUAUCGCUAUUGGUAAGGAUACCAAUGUGAUUUUUACCGUAGAGGCAGCAAAGGAGAUUGCCGAUAUUGAAUCCAUUGCCAAAAGUGGUGUCACUACAAAGCUCGAAGACGAGGUGAUCGAUGUUUACUCAUUAUGA